AUGAACCCAGGACCCGCCCCUCGUCCUCCCACCGAUCGUCCUCGUCUCGCUCUCACCCCCAACGUUAACAAUGUUGCCGGCAACAUGAGCCAAUUGAGUCUGCAAUCCCCUGGCCCUGGCGCCUCGGCUUCUCUCCAGCGCUCCAUGACCGACUUUGGCUCUUCUCGCAAUGAAUCUUCAGCCGUCAAGUCCGGCUGGGCCAAGGUCAAGGAAGAAGGUGGUUUCAUGAAGGGUGUCUUCUGGUCUGAGAAGUUCCUCGUCCUCAGAGAAAAGGCUCUGGACUUCCAGAAGAGCGACACCACUCCCAAGAUCUCCUUCUCCAUUCCUCUCAAGGAUGUUCUCAACAUCACCAGAUCCGAGACCAUUCCCUACUCGUUCGAGUUGACCAGAGGUACCCCUGGAAAUGAAAAGAUGGUCAUCUGCAAGUUCGAGACGGACAACGAUGUCUACGGCUGGAUCGAUGUCAUCUACAACAAGAGUCCCACCAUGGGCGGUGUCAGCCACCCCACCUCAUUCUCUCACCGCAUUCAUGUUGGCUUCGAUCCCGUCACUGGAGGUUUCGUCGGCCUGCCUGUCGAAUGGCAGAAGCUGCUCAACAGUUCGGCGCUUACACAGGAUGACAUGGCUAAGAAUCCCCAGGCUGUUGUCGAGGCUUUGGAAUUCUACACAACCAAGCUCCAGAAGAGAGCAGACGACCCCAAGCAAUACACCAGCCUCACUCCCACUCCUCCCAUUGACGCUUAUGGCAACAAGCAGCUGGGCCACGGAAACGGCAUUGCUCCUCCCCGUCCCCAACCCCCUGCCGCAUACACCAGAAAGGAGAGCUACAGCUCUACCCGCAACGUCUCACCGGCCGGUUCGCAGCCUUCGCUCUCACGCACCAACACAGCUCCACAGUACGACCCCCGCAUCGAGGAUGAACGCAGACGCAAGGAUGAUGAGAGACGUAGAAUGCUCGAAAAGCAGCGUGUCUAUGAAGAUGCUCAGAGAAGAGAGGCACAAGAACUUGCAGAUUAUAACGCUAGCCUGCCCAAGCACAAGCUGCCCUUGGCUCAGCAAGAAGUUGGUGGUGGUGGCUAUUCUCCCGACCGCGAUGCCAGCCCUUCGUCCAGAUACCAGCCCUCCAGACCCGCUCCGUCUGCACCUUCUUCAUCAAGCUCAAAGGUCAACCCAGUUCGUCAAUUGACUGCUCAGCGUCAAGCUCCUACAGCACCAUCUCCCAAUGGCUCGUCCUCUUCCAUUCCCAGACCUGGUCAAUCUUCGUCUCAGAGACAGCAGUCGCCUAGCAGCCAGAGAAAGCCUAGCAAUGCAGGCGCUCCUGGUGUUCACAUGCCAUCUGGAUCAUCGCAUCAGAGAGAGCACUCUCCCGCUGCUCCCAAGCCGCUCAAUGUUGCAUCCAAGCAACCUACCGGUGUUCCCAUGGACCCUAUCAAGAAGGCCGAGAUGGCUCUUUCUGCUCCCCCACCUAAGAAGGAGGAACCUAGAAAGGACGUCCGCAUGUCAAGCAUGACUGAUGCCCAGGUCAUGGAGAAGUUGCGCGAGGUCGUCUCGAAGGAGCGUCCUCUUGACUCAUACAACAAGCAGAAGAAGAUUGGUCAAGGUGCUUCCGGUUCCGUCUACGUUGCUCGUAUCCGCGAGUCCGCCACUUCUCCCACUGCUCGUCAGCAAUUGCGUGAGAACGGUCCCAGAGCUCAAGUUGCCAUCAAGCAGAUGGAUCUCCGCAACCAGCCGCGUAAGGAGUUGAUCGUCAACGAGAUCAUCGUCAUGAAGGACAGCAAGCACCCCAACAUUGUCAACUUCCUUGAUGCCUUCCUCCAGGAGGAGAGCAACGAGCUCUGGGUUGUUAUGGAGUUCAUGGAGGGUGGUGCACUCACCGAUGUCAUUGACAAUAACCCCAGCAUCUCCGAGCCCCAGAUUGCCACAAUCUGCCACGAGACUUGCAAGGGUCUCAUCCAUCUCCACCAGCAGAACAUCAUCCACCGUGAUAUCAAGUCAGACAACGUCCUGCUCAGUUCGAGAGGAAAUGUCAAGAUCACCGAUUUCGGUUUCUGUGCCAAGUUGACUGAGCAGCGCAGCAAGCGUGCUACCAUGGUCGGAACUCCCUACUGGAUGGCUCCUGAGGUCGUCAAGCAGAAGGAGUAUGGCAGCAAGGUCGACAUCUGGUCCUUGGGUAUCAUGGCCAUCGAGAUGAUCGAGUCUGAGCCUCCAUACCUUAACGAGGAGCCUUUGAAGGCUCUGUACUUGAUCGCCACCAACGGUACACCACGUCUGAAGAAGCCCGAGGCCCUUAGCAAGGAACUCAAGAGCUUCUUGAGCGUCUGCCUGUGCGUUGAUGUCAAGUCUCGUGCCACUGCCGAGGAGCUCGGUAGACACGAUUUUCUCAAGACGGGCUGCAACCCCAACAUGCUCGCCGAGCUUCUGAGAUUCAGGAAGCAGAGUGGACACUGA